AUGUCAACUGCUCUGUUGAAAAAAAGUUUGGAAUUAGUUGAUACAGAAUUCGUUAGGAAUAGUAAAGUUCACAGGCGUAAAAAUAGAGAGAAAAAGGUCUACACCGAAUUGAAACUAAAAAAUAAAAACAAGAAACACAAAGAGACAAGAAGUAUUGCAGAUGUCAAACAGGGGAAUUUGAAUUCAGUUGAGAAAAUUCGAAAACAGUUAAAAAAGAAAAACGUUAAUGAUAGUUACAAGAAAAAAUUGAAAUUACUGCAUACACCUCCAAGCAGAAAACUUGUUGAACAGGUCCUAGGAUAUCUGGGUUAUGCUGAAGAUACUAAGAAGAAGGCUGAGGAAGAACAGAAAACCGCUUUUACCGAGGAAGAUUUCCUCAAAUUCGAGAAGGAAUACGUAGAUACAGACUGA